GAGUUACUAAAAUACCCUUGCAAACCCUAACUCAAUUCGCCGACACCAUUCUCAUCUUCUCCAAACAAUUACUAAGUUACCCGCCGAAAGCAUAGCACCGUCUCCUGAGGUCUCUUCGCCGUCGUCUUCUGAGGUCUCGGCGUCGUCGUCUUCGUCUUUGAGAUCUCGGCAGCGUUGGCAUUGUCUGAGUUCGCAGAUCGUCUCAUGACCGUCUAGAUCUGACUUUCUCAUUGUCAUGCUGUUCUUUUCUCACCGUCGCCUCGUGCCACCUCCUUCGCUCACUCCUUUGUUGCAGAUCGUCGCCUUGCCGUCCAAAUCCGCCAUUUCUCCUUGUCACGUAGUUCAUUUCUCUCCGCCACCUCCUUUGGUAACUUAUUCUCCGGCAACAACAACAACAGUCUCUCCGAUACUUGUGUCCAGAGCCCUAUCUGAAAGAAAAUCUGGAGUUUCUUUGAUCAAAGAACAUUCGGAUCUUUCAAUUUGGAAUCGAAGAGAAGACGGUAUAGUCUUCACUUUGUAUUGUAAUGUAUUCUUGUGUUUCUUGUUAAUAGUUGACUCGUUGUUGGGGUUAUUAACAGUUUCAAAUCAGGGUUAUUUGAUGAUCUUUUGUUCCUUGUCCCUUGUGAUUAAAUUUGGUUAUGUGAAUCUUGGAUUGGAAAGUGAUAAUUCUAGGUUAUUAGUGCUAAUUUGUCCAUCACUGUAGCUUUCUGUAGAAGUUGGUUUCUUUUUGUUUCUUGAAUGUGUUAGUUCAUUUAGGUUUAGUAUCUUGAAAAUUGAAGAAAGAUGAGAACAGGCGUCAUUGAUGCCAUUUGUGCCACUCUGUCUGGCAGUAGCAGAGGUAGGUUUCAUUGAGUAUCUGCUGAAGAAAGCUAUUAUUUUUGUGGAAGAAUUGGGAUAGUCUAUGAUGAUUGGCAGACAUGCUUCUGUAGUUCUGUGUCUCUUUUGGGAAAAAAAUCUAUAUGUUGUCUAAGAAAUUAUGCUACAUUGAGCAUCUGAUUUUCUAGCUGGCUAGAUCGUAUUGAUUAAAAAAGAAAAAAUUGUAUAGAGCACUACUGCUGAGGGCAUUGUGUUGG